AUGGGAAGUGAGGCAACGACUUUCAUAUUAGAUGUGUCACCAGCGAUGGUCAAACUAGGGUUUGCCGAGCAGGCCAUGGCUUACAUCGAAUACGUCCUGUUCAUGAAAGCUAAAAAACAAAGAAAGACUGAUUGGGUAAACUGCUAUCUGGCCAACUGUCCAUUGACUCGAAACAAUCAGAAAAUCGACAACGUCUUCGAGCUGCUACCGUUUACGGCGCCUAUUUCUGCUGAUAGAAUAAUAGAAGUGCUUCAAGAAAUGCAAACUGUAAUCGAUCAACAAGAUAUCAACGGAAAAGCUGUCAAUUCCAUGGUCCAAAGUCUUUUGGUUUCUUCUGUUGGCAUGCGGGAUGAAUUCAACAAGCGUAAGGUGAAAAAGCAGAUUAUGAUCUUCACCUGUGAUUUGGAUGGACUGGAUUUGACAGAGCAGGAGCUGGAUACUUUAAAACAGGAGCUUGAUUGUCGAAUAAUAUUGGUAACGUGUGGUUUAAAGCAAGAAGAGAAAGUGAAGCUUGAAAAGUCCGUAUGGGAAAAAUGCGUGGAUAUGAUACCAGGCUCCAUACAAGUCUCAAUGGCCGAACUCAUUGAGGCAAUAACCACACCAAUUCCUUCAAGUGUUAAACCCGUUUGUAUCUUUCAUGGUGAGCUGCGUCUAGGAGCUCCGAUUGGGAAGGUGUGCCCUCCAGAUUCGGGCUAUAGCUAUACGUCCAUUAAGGUAGAGGGAUACCCAGCUACAAAAGCAGUCCCGAGUCUCAAUCGACGCGUUGUUGCCAAAGUAAAAGGCAGCCGCUACGAACCGGUUAAGGCAAUCAUAGAGUAUGAGGCGUUGGAUCGUGACAAGAGCCAGAGCGAGGAGGAGGAUGAGGAGGCGGAAGACGCUGAAAGGGUCGAUGGGAAGAAGAAUAAGAAAUUUCAAACAGUUUCGAUUGCACGCGAAUCAGUUACUAAAGCGUAUAGGUAUGGUACAGACUAUGUGGUAUUGCCUCCAUCCAUCGAAUCUGAGCGAGUUUACCAUACCAGUCCAAGUUUAGACAUCCGUGGAUUCGUCGGUCGUGCCGAAAUUCCCCGGCAUUACCUGAGCUCAGAAUCUACAUUCAUACUGCCUUCCAUCAAGAAUGGCACACGAGCGGAUACAUUGGCAAUAACAGCAUUAGUGGAUUCUAUGAUUCAUCAAAAUAAAUUAGCAAUUGCCAGAUAUGUUCAGCGGACAGACAGCGAAGUACAACUAUGCGUUCUAUGUCCUCUGUUGAUUCCCCAAAAACGGAAAAGUCCUGACUCUGACGCAGACACUACAAUCCGAGCUCUUGUAUUGAGUAGACUACCAUUUUCGGAAGACGAGCGUGUUUCGGACUAUCCCAGAUUGACGCCUCAAGCGACAGAUGCCAGUUCGGCGCAAAAAAAUGCGGAGAUCGAUGGUUUGAUGGAGGAUUUUGUUGAAUCUAGAACUCUGGGCAGUGACGCUAGUACAACCUGGUACUCCACGCCGCUGUAUCGGCCUAUAAGUGAUUCCACGACGUCAGAAUCGUCACUACCGUUGCCAAACAAAUCUCAGUCACGUGAUGUUAGUGUUUUUACCGCGCCUGCGAUGGGUAUACAUCGUACGCAGCAGAUUUUGGUUGAGUAUAUGCACCAGAAAAUUGUGGGCAGCUCUGAUACGUUUGACGUUCCGGAACUUCCAAUCGUUUACGAAAAGCUUUUGAAUCCCAAAUUUGACAACUCAGAAAAGUCAACUGAAAAGCUACAAGAACGAUUAGCGAUAACGUUGAAUACCGCAAAAUCUUCAAACAAUGCAAACUCUGAUGAACAGCAAGAUGAAGACGAGGAAUACUAUGACAUUCCAUCACUAGAGAGUUUGCUAGCAAGAGGCAAGUCGUAG